AUGCCAGUCAUCCGCCAGCUGCCAGUACCGAAGAACGUGGCAGAGGUUCGCUCGUUCCUCGGUAUGAUCAACUACUAUGGAUCGUUUGUCGCGGAGAUGCGCCAGUUACGCGCACCGCUGGAUGUUUUGUUGAAGAAGAACGUUCCGUUCAAAUGGAAUGAGGAAUGUGAAGCAGCCUUCAAUCGCGCCAAGGAAGUGCUUGCUUCAGACCUGCUCCUGACGCAUUUUGAUCCUAGUCUGGAUAUAAUUGUAGCGGCUGAUGCAUUAGACCAUGGAAUUGGAGCAGUAAUUCUGCACAGGAUGCCGGAUGGGACCGAGAAGGCAAUAUGGCAUGCAAGCCGAAGUCUCACCGCUGCAGAAAGGAACUACGGUCAGAUCGAGAAAGAGGGACUCGCCUUGAUAUUCGCUGUUCGGAAGUUCCACCGUUACACAUAUGGACGUCGAUUCAAGCUCCUCACGGAUCAUAAGCCGUUGCUACACAUUUUCAAACCAAAGAAAAUGGUGCCCGUAUACACGGCAAAUCGACUGCAACGUUGGAAGUUGAUACUUCUCAGAUAUGACUUUGAAAUCGAAUAUCAGAAGACGACAGAGUUUGGACAAGCUGACGUCUUGUCACGCCUGAUUCCUCCAAGACCGGCUCAGACUGAAGAUAUUGUGAUAGCCAAAAUUGAACAGGAUAUUCUUGCUGUUCAGAGUGCUGCUGUGAAAGCACUGCCCGUGACCAGGAAAACUAUUGAAGAAGAGUCAAGGAAUGAUGAAAGGGUAUCGUAG